GAUGAAUAUUUGAGAAUUGAAUUUAAUUUGGUUGCCUCUGACUUUACAUAUUCAUAUAAUUUCUAGAGGAAAUGAAGAAAUUAAAGAUUAUUUCAUGUCUCAGAAAAUUCCUUUCAUGCUCAGACGGUGAGCAACACGUUACAAAUUAUCCAGUAGACACAGAUGUAGGGGAGGAGUACGCGAAUGCAUUCCGCACCGAAUCAUACAUCGACUUUUGGACGCGUGUCGUUGCUUUAAACAAUGGAGACAACCUCACAGCCCAAGUUUCAUUAGAGUCCACAACCGCAACUCGCCUCUCAUCUUAUAGGCUUUUUGUUGAACAUUUACUUGACCCACCUCAACCCACCAUAAAAAGAAUGCUAACCGCACAUCUUGGACCCAAUUCUUGCUCCCUUCUCUUAGAUCAUUACUUCUCUCACACAUCCAAUGCCUCUCUCUUAUGUAGUCGAAUACUAAAACACAUUGUCCACUUGCGUCUCAAACUCCGCUCUUUAGAUCAAAACAAACAAGAAUUUAACUAUGAUGACUCUCAUUUCAAACAACUCUUGGUUUGUUUGGUUGAAUUCUCCAAUAAUAGCACUCCUAACUCAUUUGUACCAUAUUGUAUGGAACAAGUUCAAAUCAUCCAAAAUGGAUGUUCCAAAUUGCUAAAGCGUCUCGAGUAUAGUCGCGACAAGGCUCAAGACAAGCUCAAAAGAGUUAGAUACUUUCAACAUAGUUCAGCAGGAUUUUUGGUGGCUAUAACUGCAUCAUUUACGAUAAUAGUCGUGACUCAUGGAAUUGCUUUGUUUGUAGCUGCACCUGGCUUCCUUGUGGGUGCCAUAAAGUUGGUUAAAAAGUCGAGAAAGCUAGCAAAGAAAGUUGCCCAACUUAAUGUUGCUGCCAAAGGGACAUACACUUUGAAUAGGGAUUUUGAUACGAUUGGUAGGCUUGUGGCUCGAUUGAGUCAUGAACUUGAGCAUAUGAGGGUGAUGACAAAGUUCUGGCUUGAUAGAGGGGAAGAUAAACGUUGGGCCAUUGGUGAACUAUUGCGCCAGUUAAAUCAAAGUCAUGAGAACUUCAACCAACAAUUGGAUGAGCUUGAGGAGCAUUUGUAUUUAUGUUUUAUGACCAUAAAUCGAGCUAGAAAUCUGGUAGUGAAAGAGAUUUUGGAUUCAAGUGCACCUAUAAAAAUUUCGUAUCUAUAAUCGUGGAAAAGAAUAAAGAA